AUGGAUCUAAUCUGCCCACAGCAAAGCUCCAGUCGGGUAGUCCACCGAUCAAAGACAGUCAUCCGCUUGCUCAUUCACGAAACGCAGACUGAAACAAUCGACGGUGUCGAAACAAACGACGCAACACAGUUCGACGACUCUGAUGAUAGUACCGUCGAGACCGCUACCAUCACCGAGACGACUUCUCCCCGGACAGAAUUCACAGGAGAAAGUGAGGCCUUCUCCGAAGACAUGACCAGGGGUUGGGCCCCGCAGGCCACCAUUGAUCCCUCCAUCCUGUGCAUUCAGCCGUAUGAUCUAGCAUCUGCAUCCUCAUCUGCAGCAACUUCACCCAUUCUAGGAGGAGCUCAGUAUCCAUCCAUGCCGUACAAUGCGCCUGAAAAUCUUGCCACCGCCCACUUGGCUGGCGAGAAUGACACAUUGCAAGGCCCUCCAUCUCAGAUGCAGCUGAUGCAACGAUUCAUGCAGAAAAGGGGCAACCGUUCAGCAGGCUUUCAUCCAGUCCAUAAGGAUCAAUCCAAUCGACCAGGCCGACCUACUAGCACUGCACGACCUGUGAAUUGCAAUGACAGAUCCCCUAGUCAAGUCAAAUGGACGCAUGUCAAUCAGCAUACUCAACCACAGAGGAUCCAGCUAAAUCAGUGUAUUCAACUACAGCCGCCAUUUGAUGAGAUUGGACUUUUCAUCCGAGAAUCGAUGCCUGCCGCUGAUGCCGACUUCAGUUGGCUGCACUUCGUCGAACAACUAAGGCCUGACCAGCGACAAAAUCUCCACCGAAAGCUAGGGUUUUUACGAAUUCAUAAUCCGGCCUUGCUAGACCACCUCCACACAAUGUCGCUUGAAGAUCAGCAGGAUGCCCUUCGGAGGAUGGCCAACAACAUCCCUGCAAUCCUUUCGCAAGCAGCACCUGCUGAAGCGACUUGUGCUACGUACGUUCCUAGGAGUACUAUGCCGGUGGAAAAUGUCAACACAGGGCAGACAUCUCUUGAUUUCUAUUCUAUGGGUCAGCAGAGUUCCACGUUUGAUAGCAAUCCGAAUGGCUUGGACCCAAUCUUUCCUGAUGAUCAUCCACGCAACCGGCCACUUGUCCAGCAAGCGUUAUACAACAAAACCAUCAAUGCACAGAAAGCAGCUCACGAGAAUUUGAUGUCUCGGCAACCGAAUAGUGGUAUUGUUCACGGGCCUUACGGUCAACCAUUAGGCAUGCAGACUCCAGCAUCUUUGGCUCGGGAGCCGCCAGGCAUGAGCUGCCCCAGUCCUCAAAUGUACCCAAAUGCUACUAGGCAAGGAGCCCAGCAACGGCUGUCGAGCUUCGAGAUCUGCUGCAUUCGUGCAUUUCAAAUAUACGACCCACUGACAGACCUUGAUACCCUCUCUGAGAUCAUCAGAUUCCGUCGCCUGGACUUCAAACCUCUUGAUCUCACCAACUUCUUCACCUGGUACGCGAAUGUUUGUACACAGAAGUUGAGAACCAUGAUUGAAAACGAAGUCCGCAUCGAUCGUGCUGCAUGGUGGAGCGUGAAAGUCUUCGAGCUCUACCAAGACUGGCGAUCAACCAUGACCUGUGACAUCUUGCCCCGCGCACUAGACACUGGCCUGAUGGACGCCGACGGCAAUAUAUGCGCUCUGCGGGCUGAGCUCAAUGGAGCACAAGAAGAAGGUCUCAAUGUGGACAUCAACAAUGCUCAGAAAAACGAGCAGGAAGGGUUGCGUACACAAAACCUAGGCAAGGGAGUGAAACACCCUGAAGACCACGGAAACGACAAAGACACUUCCUGGACCACCCUCCCGUCCCACAACCCUACCCUUUUGAACAGCCCACUGCCUACAGCCGCCUACAACCCCUCUUCCACCCCUCCCCCCUCGCCCUGCCCUGCCCAUCACUUCGAAGACCACGAUCCUUCCGUCUCCGAACCUCCCCCAAAGCGCCACAAAUCUGUCUGGGAACAAGCGGGGCUCACAGUCAGUCCUCUCGCGGUACUAAAAACUGCUUACGGAAAACCCACUUCCCACAUCCCAGCAACACAGGAUCCAGUCGGAACUCCGGAUAAAAAGACAAACGAUUUGAUCGGAGCGCUAGAGAAGGAGGCGAAGGUGCUGAUGGAGCGUGGUGGGGAGGAAAUGGAGGGGGUGGGAGGGAGUGAUCAAGGCAGCCCGGCUGCAGCGGUGGUGAUGGAACCGAGGACAGGGAAGGGGGCAGAGGUAGGGUUGAAGAGAAAACGACCAUAUGGGUGCAAAAGACCUGGCACGCUAUGA